CAGCCGGUCUUGUACACUGCCCUCCCUCCAGUUACCCCAGUCCUGCUAAGCUUGAGCGUGCAAGACGGAAGGAUAGAAGCACCAUCCAAAGUAGAAAAUCUCUCGACCGGCUCUCUUGCGAAUCGUCGCCAAGAUGGUUCAAUCUGCAGUUCUUGGUUUCCCCCGCAUGGGUGUGAACCGUGACCUCAAGAAGGCCACUGAAGCUUACUGGGCCGGCAACCUCACCCAAGCUGAGCUUCUUGCCGAGGCCAAGCGUCUCCGCCUUGCCCACUGGAAGAUCCAGAAGGAUGCUGGUGUAGACAUCAUCCCCAGCAAUGACUUUGCUCUCUACGACCAAGUCCUAUCCCACAUUCAGGACUUUGGUGCUGUCCCCGAGCGAUACUCGAGCGCAAACCUCGACCGUGUAGACGAAUACUUUGCCAUGGGCCGUGGCCACCAGAAGGGUGGUGUCGACGUCCCCAGCUUAGAAAUGGUCAAGUGGUUUGACUCCAACUACCACUACGUCAAGCCUACCCUGCAGGACAAUCAGACGUUCAAAUUGACUGCCAACCCCAAGGCUGUCGUCGAGUACCUCGAGGCCAAGGAGGCCGGCAUCAAUACGCGGCCCGUCUUGCUCGGCCCCGUAUCUUUCCUCCAUUUGGGCAAGGCGGACCGUGGUCAGUCCGUCGUCCCCAUUGACCUCCUCAGCAAGCUCCUACCUGUCUACGAGGAGCUCCUCGCCAAGCUGAAGGAGGCUGGUGCCGAGACGGUGCAGAUCGACGAGCCCGUUCUUGUCUUCGAUCUGCCCGCUAAGACCAAGGCUGCCUUCAAGCCCGCCUAUGAGAGGUUUGCCAGCUUAGGUGCUAAGAUCCCCAACCUUAUCUUCACCACCUACUUCGGCGAUAUCGUACACAACCUGGACGUUCUCCCCAAGGACGUCUACGGUGUGCACAUCGACCUUGUCCGUAACCCUGAACAGCUGACCACUGUCCUCGGUGCCCUCGGUCCCAAGACUGUCCUGUCUGCCGGCGUCGUCGACGGCCGAAACAUCUGGAAGACCAACUUGAAACGUGCUAUUGAGACCGCCGAGACUGCCAUCCAGAAACUCGGCAAGGAGCGCGUCAUCGUCGCCACCUCCAGCUCUCUCCUCCACACCCCGCACACUCUGGCCAGCGAGAAGAAGCUCGACCCCGAGAUCGCUGACUGGUUCUCGUUUGCCUCCGAGAAGGCUGUCGAGAUUGCCGUCAUCGCGAAGGCUGUCACUGACGGGCCUGCCUCCGUCCGUGAGGUUCUGGAGGCCAACGCCAAGUCCUGGAACGCUCGUGCUACCUCGAGCCGCACCAACAACCCUCAGGUUAAGGAGAGGCAAUCUAAGAUUGUCCCCUCGGACUAUAACCGCAAGUCUGAGUUCCCGCUUAGGAUUUCUCAACAACAGAAGAAACUUAACCUACCUCUCUUCCCCACCACCACUAUCGGCUCUUUCCCCCAGACGAAGGAGAUCCGAGUGCAGCGAAACAAGUUCACCAAGGGAGAGAUCACCGAAGCUCAGUAUGAUAAGUUCAUCGAGCAGGAGAUCGAUGAGAACGUGAAGAUUCAGGAUGAGCUCGAUCUCGAUGUCUACGUCCACGGCGAACCGGAGCGGAACGACAUGGUGCAGUACUUUGGUGAGCGUCUGGACGGCUAUGCCUUCACCACGCACGCCUGGGUCCAGAGCUACGGCUCCCGCUGCGUCCGACCCCCUAUCAUCGUCGGCGAUAUCUCUCGCCCCGCGCCCAUGACGGUCAAGGAGUCCAAGUAUGCUGUGUCGGUCUCCAAGAAGCCCAUGAAGGGUAUGUUGACCGGCCCGGUGACUUGCUUGCGGUGGUCCUUCCCUCGUGACGAUGUCCACCAAUCCGUCCAGGCUGAGCAGCUUGCCCUGGCUCUCCGCGACGAGGUCGUUGACCUUGAGAAGGCGGGCGUCGAUGUUAUCCAGGUUGACGAGCCUGCUCUUCGUGAGGGUCUACCGCUCCGUGCUGGCAAGGAGCGCGAGGCUUACCUCAACUGGGCCGUCAAGGCCUUUAAACUCUCUACCGUCGGCGUCGAGGACUCGACUCAGAUCCACUCCCAUUUCUGCUACUCGGAGUUCCAAGACUUCUUCCACGCCAUCGCUGCUCUUGACGCAGACGUGCUAUCCAUUGAGAACAGCAAGUCUGACUCUAAGCUCCUGAGCGUGUUCGUUGACGAGGCCUACCCUCGCCACAUCGGCCCUGGCGUCUACGACAUCCACUCGCCGCGUGUCCCCAGCGAGCAGGAGAUCAAGGACCGCAUCGAGGAGAUGCUUCAGUACCUCAAGCCUGAGCAGCUCUGGAUCAACCCCGACUGCGGCCUCAAGACGCGCCAGUGGAAGGAGACCAAGGCCGCGUUGGUUAACUUGGUCAACGCUGCCAAGUACUUCCGCGCCAAAUACGCCAAAUAAAGAGCCCCCUUUACAUUAUCUACACCCGAGGACUCACCCUAAGGGGCUUUUGGGGGUUUUUUCCUUAACGAAGCUGACGAAUAAUUGCAUGGAGCUGCGGGGAGUUGCCUGUUACAAAAUUUCCAAAGGAACUGCAUAAUCGAUUUCAACAUCGGCGUUUUCACGAGGCUGGGUUCUCUCAGGGGAUCUAUACCAAAAAAGUUCUACAGGAAAGACGGCGGGCAUUUGGUAGCAUUCAACAU